AUGUUUGAAGUCGACUGGGCCGACUACGACUGUGAGCGGGUCGGCCAGAGGCGGGCUAGGAAGGAUGCCGAACGCCAAUUGAGGGAGAAGGAGGAUGCCAAUAGCGGCCAUCGACCCAAAUCGACUCGGACCUCAACCUCGUCAAACCACAAACACCGGAGCUUCUUUGGAAGCAUUGGAAGGAAGAAGACCAACGAUUCUUCGACCAAGAGCAAACAACAGGAGCCAACCACACCAAAGUCCGUGUCGAACAAGUCGGAUCGGAACUUGAAGCGAGACAACGCGUCGGUGAAGCCAACAGAUGAGCGCUCCGAUGCUCAAUCUUUUGUUGAUGGCAAGAGUGCCGCGGACCAGAAAGACCAUACCUGGCCUGGGUCCCCGGACCGAUCGUCAAAAGGGUCUAUUCUUUCUAAGAUGACACAGUUGACGAUUCCGACCCUGGAACUUCAACGAGGGGCUGCGACCAGCGAGGCAGCCACAGGCACAAGGCUCCUUCAGGUGCUUGAUGAUGACGGCUCCUUCGUUGCGAGGACUGUCACGACAACCUAUCAAGAAGGCAUAAGUAAGCCGUCUCCUCGUUCUCGCGCCGGAGUUGGCACCAAGGUCAUUGCGAGCCCGACGACACCCACAACACCCACGUUACCUCAAACUUCCCGCCCGCAGUCAUCUCGUGGCAUCGAGAUAUCGGCAUCCGAGGUCAUCGACGACUGGUGUACGGCUUUGCAUGGACCUGCCCGGCAGCUUCCAAGGCCGGGUCCCAGCGGGACGGUCCGGAGAGGCAGCGUUCUCCUUCCGCCCAACAUCCACCGACCCAUCCCGGUGACGCCAACUCGGCAGUCAACAAAGAGGACUGCCCUCAUGCCGCCGAACCCUUCACCGAUCCGGUUCUUGGCGGACGAUCCGAGCGACUGGAAAGCGCCCGAUGAAUGGAACUGCACCCCUUCUACAGGCACGCCGGUUUUGCGUCCCACCACCGAUAUACUCGAUAGACAAGACCAGGAGGGGCCACUUCACUCGUCCACCAUGCAGGCGGAGACUGUGCGGACACGGGAAGCUACCCUGGAAGGAAAAAAAGACGGGCAAGGAGACAACAGAGCUUCCCCAGACUCGUCGACAAGUAAGACCAGCGAGUCUGGCCCUCAGGCCAGUCAGCCAAAGAAAGAGGGGACUAUUAGAAAGGGCGACCGCUCCAUGAGGGUAGCCAUCUAG